GGUCGUCUUGAAUCAUGAGGAAACUGACCCCCACCCUGCGAAGGACGUUGUAUGUGUUUCUGGGAAUCUGUUUCAUCUGGUGUCUAAGUUUUCCAUACGUCAUCCUGAGAAAUUCCAGCCAGAAGGGCAGCAGCUUGAAGAAUCAUCAGAGACUUGGGCAGGAUGGCAGAGCUUUGGUGGAAACAAAAGGGGGUAAAGUCUCUCCUCCACCUUUGAAGGACUAUAAAGAAGAAUUAACUGCACUCCAGAUUAAAAUGGAGGCAGAGAAAGUAAAAGGACAAACAAGGGAAGAGAUGAUCAUAGAGCUGCGUUCGGACAAAUUACAACUGCAGCAACAAUUGGCCAAGCUGGAGGAGCUGCUAAAGCUGCAGGCACAGAGGGAGGAGAAGAAGGUCCAACAACUCAAAUCUGAUGAUCAAAUCAAAGAGGAUAAAAACUGCCCAUUCCCCCCAAUGGAUGGCUUUCCAGAGUGUAAGAACAAACUGAAGUGGAUGCAGACUAUGUGGAAGACUGACUCGUGUUACUACAGUUACGGGGUUAAUGGGUCCCUUUGCUCCAUCUUGAUCUACCUCAGUGAGAUAGAGUCCUGGUGCCCUUUACUCCCUGGUCGACUGAAACCUGCAACUCCAGUUGAACACCCUGAGAUGGAGUCUGAUAUUGCAGUGGUACGGGAGAGUCUAACAGGUUUAUAUCCUGCACUGGAAAACAGAACCCAGUACCGUUGGAUUAACCAGAGAAUUCACAGCAUGGAAGAUAUUUGGGUCGAGGCUGGACGCUCUCUUUCAGCCAAAUAUGACCUUACGCAGCGGAGAGCUAAACAGAUUCUGGUGCAUCCCGGUGCAUUGACGGAUGAAUCAAAUGUUAAACUAACAGAGACUGCUUUUAAAGGGGGUCCCCUUGGAGAACUGGUCCAGUGGAGUGACCUCAUCUCCAGCCUUUACAUCCUGGGUCACCACCUUCACCUUACUGCCACGCUUAAUGACCUGAGAGACUUUUUAGGAAUAAAGAGAAACUGUCCAACUCGUCAUUCGAAGGUAGAAGUCAACUUGAUCUAUACAGACAUUAUUGGCUUUCAACAGAUCCAGAAAGAAGUAAAUACUUGGACUAAUUUCAAGUGUUUGAUUCGUGUGUUGGACUCUUUCGGCACUGAGCCCGACUUCAAUCAUGCAGCUUGGGCCAAGAAGCAGAAUCUGAAGAGUCCCUUUGGAGGCCUCAGUCUGAUCCCAAAGCAGUUUUACACCAUGUUCCCUCACACACCAGACAACACAUUCCUGGGCUUUGUGGUGCAACACCAGCUGAGCAACAAGGAAACUGAGCAGCUCAAAUCAAUCCCGAGACAAAGCCAGGCGCUUGUGUACGGAAAGAGUGCAACGUUUUGGAAGGGUAAAGAAGCAUAUCUGGAUGUUAUCCAUAAAUACUUGGAGAUUCAUGGAACGGUUGAUAAUGGCACUCUGAUUCCAAGCUAUGUGAAGAACCAUGGUAUUAUCAAAGGCACGGAGGUGCAGAGUCUGUUGAGACAGAGUAAGGUGUUUGUAGGACUGUCUUUCCCGUAUGAAGGCCCCGCCCCUUUAGAGGCAUUAGCCAAUGGCUGUGCUUUCCUGAACCCAAGGUUACAUCCUCCACAGAGCAGCCUGAACUCACAGUUCUUCAAGGGAAAGCCCAACAUCAGAGAGGUGGCAUCCCAGCAUCCCUAUGCAGAGGCCAUCGGUGAGCCUUAUGUAUGGUUGGUAGAUAUGAACAACUCCACAGAUGUGGAAAGAGCGCUCAAUGCCAUCCUCAAUCAGAGUAUUGAGCCGUACCUUCCCUUCGAGUUUACCUGUGAAGGGAUGCUUCAAAGAGUCAAUAUCCUCAUUGAAAAACAGGAUUUUUGUGACAGCACAAGGAGCUGGCCUCCACUGAGCACGCUCCAGGUUGUGAAGGCAGAGGCAGGCACUUCCUGUAAACAGGCAUGCAAGGAUAAAGGGCUUAUCUGUGAACCUGCAUUCUUCCCUCAUCUAAACAGUGACAGGAAUCUUUUAAACUACAACAUAGACUGUCAAUCAUCAGAGCUGUCUGACAGUAGUUUAGUCUUUCCAGCCUACGGCAACAAUAACAGCAGCAAACACUGUCUGUUCCAGUCUGAUUCCCUGCUCUUCAGCUGCGUGAGAUCAGAACAGUCUUUGAUUCGCAUCUGCCCCUGUAGAGACUACAUCAAGGACCAGAUAGCCUUGUGCAAGGAAUGCAUCUAACUCCUGGAUGGUAAACAAUGAAGAUACUCUGCACUUUAAAACAAUUCAGGAGGCAAAGCCAGAGCUCCCUUGAAAACUGGCCCUCUAAGAUGCUCCGAGCAAGGAGUUUGGUGAGAUCCUUGGCUUUUUCCUAGUGGGAGUCAACACAAGAGAUGUGAUUGAGAUCACACGAGUUUAUGAGGAUUUUAUCUAAAUAUUAAGACUCAGAACACACAAGCUGCUUAUUUAUUCAGUGUAGGAUUUCUUGCCUCUGUACUACUUUCAAGAAAAUGAAGGAGAACUUGAUGUAGUAUUGGACUGACAUCACAUGAUGCCUGAGCACAACGCCGCUUUGUCAAUCAGAAGGGCCAGCAGGUCUACAGACUGUUCCUUUUUGCACUACUUCCUCGUCUUCUCUGUGAGAAACGACAUUUUGUUCAGCUGUAUACGGGAUAUCCAGAUGAAUGACAAUAAAGUUUGAGUUGAGAUGAAGC